AUGGCGUCCACGUUCGAUGUUUCCCCGGAGAAGUAUGCAAGCACGUCACACUGGUUUAAGAGGCAGCUCUUCGAGUACCCACCUGCCACUUCAUCGCGCGAUGCUGACUUGAGCGACAAGACCGCCAUCGUCACGGGAGCCAACCAGGGUAUCGGCUUAGAGAUUGCCCGGCAGCUCCUUGACCUCGGGCUGAGCAAGCUCAUCGUUGCGGUACGGGACGUGGCUAAGGGCCAAGCCGCAACCCAACAGCUCACCCGUGGGAGACAGCUGCCCCCAGACGCUAUAGAGGUAUGGGAGCUCGACAUGCUCGCCUACGAGUCAAUCACCAGCUUUGCGCAGCGCGCCAGUCAGCUUCGGCGUUUAGACAUUGUUGUCCUCAACGCAGGCAUUUAUAGACUCUCAAUGAACAUCAACCUGUCAACGGGCCACGAGGAAGACAUCCAGACCAACUAUCUCUCCCUCGUGCUCCUUCUCAUCCUGCUUCUGCCCACGUUGAAGGCAAGCAAUACGAUGGCCUCACCUGGCAAAGUUACAUUUGUCUCAUCGGACACGGCUAGCGAGACAAAAUUCAAGGAAAGGGACGCCAACCCCCUGCUUCCCGCACUCGAUGACAAGACGGCCAAGUGGGACGCGCAGGAGCGCUACGGUACCUCCAAGCUGUUGGGCCAGCUCUUCCUGACCGAAAUCACCAAACGGAUUCCCCCUUCUGUGGCAAUCAUCAACGGGGCCUGCCCGGGCCUCUGCCACUCAUCUAGUCUGGCUCGCGACGCUCAGGACAGCAUGCUCAAGUACCCUCUUAGCAUAUUCUUUCGGUUAUUCGGGCGAGCGCCAUCCACAGGUGCUCGUGUCAUAGUCAACGCGGCCGCGAAGCAGGGGGAGCUGUCCCAUGGUCAUGUCAUUGAUGGGUGCAAGUUGAGACCGUAA